AGACGGACCCAGCUGCACCGCCUCCGCCUCCUCCGCCGCCCCGCUGGCCCUGAGCCCUCGCACUCCAGUCUCUGGCCGACCCCUAGUGUCUGCGUCCCCGCGUCUCCACGUCCCGGCUCCCGCAUGAUGACGCUCAAGGCGAGCGAGGGCGAGGGCGGGGGCAGCAUGCGUACAGCGCUCUCCGACCUCUACCUAGAGCACUUGCUGCAGAAGCGCAGCCGGCCCGAGGCCGUGUCACACCAGCUGAAUGCUGUGACCGAGGACAUGUACACCAAUGGGUCUGCUGCCACAGGUAGCCCUGCCCAGGCGAAGGGGCAGGAGGUGCGAAAGGUGCGACUCAUACAGUUCGAGAAGGUCACAGAGGAACCCAUGGGAAUCACUCUGAAGCUGAAUGAAAAGCAGUCGUGUACGGUGGCAAGAAUUCUUCACGGUGGCAUGAUUCACAGACAAGGCUCCCUUCACGUUGGGGAUGAGAUCCUAGAAAUCAAUGGCACGAACGUGACUAAUCACUCAGUAGAUCAGCUGCAGAAGGCAAUGAAAGAAACCAAAGGAAUGAUCUCACUAAAAGUAAUUCCCAACCAGCAAAAUCGUCUUCCUGCUCUCCAGAUGUUCAUGAGAGCACAGUUUGACUAUGAUCCCAAAAAGGACAAUCUGAUUCCUUGCAAGGAGGCUGGACUGAAGUUUGUUACUGGGGACAUUAUCCAGAUCAUCAACAAGGAUGACAGUAACUGGUGGCAAGGGCGAGUGGAAGGCUCUGCCAAGGAGUCAGCAGGAUUGAUCCCUUCUCCUGAGCUGCAGGAAUGGCGAGUGGCCAGUGUGGCUCAGUCUGCUCCAAGCGAAGCCCCAAGCUGCAGUCCCUUCGGGAAGAAGAAGAAGUACAAAGACAAGUACCUGGCCAAGCACAGCUCAAUUUUUGACCAGUUGGAUGUUGUUUCGUACGAGGAAGUGGUUCGGCUCCCUGCCUUCAAGAGGAAGACCCUGGUGCUGAUCGGAGCCAGCGGGGUGGGUCGCAGCCACAUUAAAAACAUCCUGCUCAGCCGGAACCCGGAGAAGUUCGCGUACCCUGCCCCGUAUACGACACGGCCACCCAAGAAGAGUGAGGAAGACGGGAAGGAGUACCACUUCAUCUCCACGGAGGAGAUGACCAGGGGCAUCUCCGCCAACGAGUUCUUGGAGUUUGGCAGCUACCAGGGCAACAUGUUUGGCACCAAAUUCGAAACAGUGCACCAGAUCCAUCAGCAGGGCAAGAUUGCCAUCGUCGACAUCGAGCCCCAGACCCUGAAGAUUGUUCGGACGGCGGAACUCUCACCUUUCAUCGUGUUCAUCGCACCUACGGACCAGGGAACUCAGACGGAGGCCCUGCAGCAGCUGCAGAAGGACUCAGAGGCCAUCCGCAGCCAGUACGCUCACUACUUUGACCUCUCACUGGUCAAUAACGGCGUUGAUGAAACCCUCAAGAAACUGCAAGAAGCCUUUGAGCAGGCGUGCAGUUCCCCGCAGUGGGUGCCUGUCUCCUGGGUUUACUAAGCCUGUGCGCCCCUCUCUGGUGGUUGGAACUGCAUUCCCCUCGCUUUAAGACAAACAGGGUCGCUCCAACUAGUUUUGUGUCAGCUUUCAGCUCUAUGCACUAUCCUAAUUAGGCCAGUGGGUGUCAGUCUUGUGCAAGCUCCUGAACGGCUGGGCUCCGCUUUUCCUGCUACAUGCAGCCCCGUGCAUUGGAUUUCUCGAGGAUCUCUGGGGCCGGAAGUACUAUCCAAAUGCAGGUGCCAAAGAUGGCUCACGCGGGGAGGAAAAGCAGUGGACCCUGUCCCUCGAAAGCCUGCGCACCUUCACCUUUAAUCACACUGGGUAUUUCCUUUGUCCUUACUUUGAAGAAAUUAUUUUUAACUGCAACUUUCUAAAAUGCCAAAAUGAAACAGCUGUGCAAUAGGAUGUCCUCUGCUCUAGGAAAACCCUCAAAGCAAUAAAAAUUACCGUUGAAAUGCCAA